AUGUCGAGUGUCGUUGACAGUGAGGCACACUUUGACCUUCAUUUGAGUGAGCUUGGAUUGAGUGAUCCUUUCAUAAAUGCACUGAAGAAUGGUGGGAUCAGGACCUUAUCUCAUUUGGCCUUUUCCAUAGGCCAACCCAAUCAGGUGCUUUCCAACGAUGAUGUCACCAAUUUUCUUCAGGGCCUCCUCGGGCGCGCUCCGUCGCUCGUUGAGAGUAGCAGUACAAAGAGGCUCACUUUUGAAGCGCAGACAUAUGUUGUGGCUACUCUCCGACAAGGGCUUGAGCAGCAAGAUGAGGCUGUACCAAGGAGAGUGGCCCAUGCAGAGAGGACCACAAGGAUGAGUGCACUUCAGUUGGCGUUGUCCGGAGUCUCAAUUUCUGGAGAACUUGACCCUGCACACAUUCUUCUUGACAAAGCAACUGCCAUGUAUGAACAGAACAUUGUUAAAUACAUUGAGCCUUCAGCUUGCAUCAGCAGGGCUUUUGAGGUGCAGGGCAAAAAGGAGUCUCGCGAGUUGAGUCUUGAGAAGGGCUCAUUAGUUCUCAAAGCAGGGAGUGAAAAGUUGACCUCCCCAACUGAUACAGAGCUCAAAGUGCACUACGCUAUGCAGAGGAGGGCACUCGCAUUUCAGUUUGCGAAUCUCAUGAGCUAUGCCCAACACAAUGAGCGGUUCAGUUUUCUAGUUGACGCUCUUCAUCGUGAGGCUCCACCGGAAUUUCAGCGUCCAAGUCUUGCUCAACUUCUGCAAUGCGACAGGGCAGCAUGGACUCGACUAGCAAGCAGUCUUUCAACGAUCCGUCAACGGCUGAUGGAACAUAUCCUGUAG